AACCCAGGCCGGCCUACAGACAGCUAGCUAACUACACCAGGAGUAGCUAGCUGCGCCAGCACACGAGAGCCAAGCCAAUUAGUCAAGUACGACGACAUACACAACUUGACCGCCAUGGCCAAGCUCGCCACUUUCCUCCUGGCCGCCUUCGCCGUCCUCCUGGCGUUCACCACCCCUUCGAUCGCUGGCGACCCCGACAUGCUCCAGGACAUCUGCGUCGCGGACUACAAAUCCCUCCGGGGCCCACUGAGGCUGAACGGAUUCCCGUGCAAGAGGCCGGAGAACGUGACGGCGAACGACUUCUUCUCCUACGUGCUGGCGAACCCCGGCAACACGGGCAACGCGGCGGGUUCGGCGGUGACGGCGGCGAACGUAGAGAAGCUCCCGGGCCUCAACACCCUGGGCGUGUCCAUGGCGCGCAUCGACUACGCGCCGUGGGGUGUGAACCCGCCGCACACCCACCCGCGCGCCAGCGAGAUGAUCUUCGUGCUCAAGGGCUCCCUUGACGUGGGCUUCAUCACCACGGCCAACAAGCUCUACGCCCGCACCGUCUGCAAGGGCGAGGUCUUCGUCUUCCCCCGCGGUCUCGUCCACUACCAGAAGAACAACGGCAACACGCCGGCCGCGGUCAUCUCGGCGUUCAACAGCCAGCUGCAGGGCACGCAGUCCGUCGCCGAGACACUCUUCGGCGCCUCGCCGACGGUGCCCACCUACGUGCUGGCCAGGACGUUCCAGAUCGACGGCAGCCUCGUGGAGGGCAUCAAGUCCAAGUUCCCGCCCAAGUAGGCACGCUCAUGCAUGCAGUUGGUGGCUGGCAACCACCACGUACGUAACGAGGACCCUUCAUUAAGGGAAAUAAAUUAUAUACCUCUUGCAGCACCACUGAAUAGCCGCGGGCCGCCACUUAAUCUGUUUUAUGCUCAAAGUAUGAUCUGUCAAUUCGUCCUUUUUUGUACGUGUCGUUGGACCUCUUUCCUGUUAGUUCACUGUUGUUUGUUGCUUUUUCUGCGUGAAAAAUAAAGGUGAUGUGUAUUUAUCAAUUCGAGAAAAUGAAUGCAUGUCCUGAUUUUCUCAA